UCUGCUGCAGGUUACCUCAGCCACUCUCACCGCAGGACAUACAAGCCUUUAAUAGUGACAAACUUCAGGUGUUUUAGGAACUGGGAGGAGGCACAUUCGGGCCAUUGAUUCGGCUCGUACCCGCCCACACUGACACCUGGACCAAUCCGUGUCUCCACAGAGGGACAGAGCUUGUAUUCGUCUCGGAUGCCGUUGGAGUGUGUACAUCCGACAGGAGUUGGGUAACCCUAUCUAUAUUUUUAUACGCUAUAAUUUGAAUGCGUUUUUAUCAGAAACUAUGGACCGACACAACCUUCGGAGGCUGUUUUCCGCUUGCGACGUGAACAAGUCCGGAAGGAUCGAGUAUGAGGACUUCACGGUGGUCUGCAGAGAGCUCGGCGUCCCAGAUACGCAGGUCCAAACUCUGUUCGAGAAGUUCGGAGCCUUCGAGGACGGGUUCAUCGAUUAUAGAGGGUUUUCUUCCAGGUUUCAGGAGGUUUCGGAGACUCUCAACUUGGCGUCCUUUGGCGCAGGAUCAACCCAAACUCCGUGGGAAGAGUUUGUGGACAGAAUAGAUGUGGAGUUUCUCCUCUCUGAAAGUGUCAGGGAGCAGCUGGCGGACCUUUACCAGGCCAUUCACUCCUCUGCAAACACUGCUCUUCUGCAAGCGUAUGAGGAACUCGUCCAGUCACUUAUCAGCCUAAGCCGGGAAAACAAACUAGAGUGUGAACAGCUGGAGACCAGUUUGAAGCGAGCCGAGGAGAUAAACAACAGUCAGCUGGCUGAGUUGGAGGAUGAUAUUCAACAACACCUUGCCCAAGCAGAGGAGCGGGUGAGAGAUGAGGAGCGAAAGAAAAUGGAAGGAAUCAUAGCAACCAUGCAGAGGAAGCAUGACGAUGAGGUUGCAGACCUGCAUGCCACAGCUGAUCGACUGUUAAGGAACCAGGAGAGCUCUGAACAAAACCAGUCAAAAGAGGAGGUAAUCAGACUGAACAGACAGAUCAGUGGUCUCCUACAGGAAAAUGAGCAGCUUCGAAGUUCUCUGAUGCAAAACCAGACAAACACGGCUAUACUCCACUCUGAGCUGGACAAGCUGAAGAACAUGUAUGCAGAUCAGAAAGCCCAGCAUGAAAGAGAAACAGAAGUGUUAAAGAAGAUGGUGAUGGAAUAUCAGUCAUACUCCAGUCAGAUUCAGAUUCUACAGGAAAUGAACAAGAAGCUGUAUGACAGUAAUGAUGGACUGCGCUCAGCAUUAACCAGUGAAGCGGUUGCAGGUAAAAGGAGGAUGUCUCCUCAACAUGAAAUCCCGGCCAGGAGAAUGAAACCUCUUCGACAGAGCACCCUCAAUCAUGGCAGAUCCGAGCAGAAUACCAACAUCUUCCGUGUGUCCGCCUGGGCUGAUAGGUACCUGGACAGCGGCGUGUCCGUGCCGAUGGACAUGGCUGAGAGCUCAGUCAGCGACUAUGAUAGUGACAACAGCUAUGUGGAAAUUUUGCAUCACAGCUACUCGUGCGUCCCGUCAGACGUUGAGAUAUCAGAGGUUAAAUCUGAGGCUGCGACGUCGGUAGCUCCCAGCAAAGUCAGCUCCAUCGCUUCAUCUGUGCGAAGACGCCUGUCUGCCUUUCCCACAAACUUGGAGGACGACAUCGCGGUGACAGAGGAACCUUCUCUGAGGUACCGUGUUGUUUUGGCAGGAGACGCAGGAGCUGGAAAGUCCAGCUUCCUGGUGCGGCUGACACUCAAUGAAUUCAGAGGAGACAUUCAAACAACGCUGGGUGUUGAUUUCCAGAUAAAGAAGAUGCAGGUGGACGGAGAGACGACGAGUCUGCAGAUAUGGGACACUGCGGGUCAGGAGAGGUUCCGUAGCAUUGCCAGGUCCUAUUUCCGUAAAGCUCAUGGAGUCCUGCUGCUUUAUGAUGUUACUUCAGAAAGGAGCUUUCUAAACGUCAGAGAGUGGGUGGAUCAGAUUCAGGAGUCCGCUGAAGAGAAAAUCGCCUUGUGUGUUGUUGGAAACAAGGUGGACCUCCGAGAAGAACUUCCUGCAGGAAGCUGUGUUAGCACCUCACACGGAGAAAAACUGGCUAGGUUGUACGGCGCCCUGUUCUGUGAAACGAGUGCUAAAGAAGGAACCAACAUCGCUGAAGCUGUGCUACAUCUAGCCCGAGAAAUAAAGAAAAAUGGCAAACUCAGGCGGCAGUCAGAAUCUCAGGUCAGAUUGAAUGAAAUCCCCCCACAGAAGGCUUUUAAAGGUUGCUGUGGACUGUAAACCUGCGGAUGGAGCAACGAAGGACAUCAUGCUGCUUUUAUUUCAAAAAGGAAAAACAGAAAACUUCUUUAAUAUUUUUGUUGUACUUUAUUCUAUUUCACGUCUGAACUGUAAACAUAGUUUCAUACAUAGUUUUACUCUUUGGUUAGAAUGAAAGUUUUUGUAGUAAAACUUCACAUGCACAAAUACAAAUUCACAUCAUGUAAUUAGUCAAAAGUAUUUAAACUUUUAUAUUUAUAUAAAUAGAUGAGCCUUAGUGAUAAUCUAGGAUUCAGCAUAAACGUAUUUAAUAAUUUUAAAUGCUGUUUAAUGUUUUUGUUUAAAUCUACCUUUGGGACCAGGACCAUAACACUAACAAAUGCAUUUAUGGAUUAUUUUUACAUAUUAACUUUUUGGAGCACUGAUCAAAUAUAUUUUUGUUCUAUGCUAUGUGUUUUUUAAAAACUUUAUUAAACAUCUUAGUUAGCAGAAAUAAAGGCAAUCUCUUCCACAAAUAAA